AUGGAAAGGUGGCAGGGACGAGUUGCUGUUGUGACGGGAGCCAGUGCUGGUAUAGGAGCUGCCAUAGUGGAGAACCUGGUGGAGAGUGGCAUGGUAGUGGUGGGUCUGGCCAGGAGGGAAGACCAUUUGCUUGAAAUCAAGGACAAGCUGAAAGGAAAACCGGGCACCUUCCAUCCAAUAAAAACUGACAUCACCAAAGAAAAGGAUUUUAAUAAAGCAUUUCAGUGGAUAACAGAAAAUUUAGGUGGUUUAGAUGUUUUAGUGAAUAAUGCAGGUGUUGUAACAAGCUACAUCCCUGAUGGCAACCUUGAAGAUUGGCGUAAGAUAUUUGAACUGAAUGUUUUUGCUGCUGGAGCGUGUGCACGAGAAGCAGUCAAGUCAAUGAGAGCACGUAACAUUGAUGGUCAUAUAAUCAACAUUAACAGCAUUUGCUCUCAUUGGAUUCCAAACCUUCCUGGUAUUGCUCCAUAUUCAGCAUCUAAGCAUGCAGCCAAGGUCAUCAGUGAAGGUCUUAGAAUGGAUCUUGCAUCACAAACGUCUAAAAUUAAAGUUACAAAUAUAAGUCCAGGUUUAGUAGCUACACCGAUGCUUGAUUCAUUCAAAGAAGGCAAAGAGCUGAACAUAUUCUUUGAACCUCUCAAUGCCAAGGACAUCGCAGAUGCUGUCCAUUAUGUCCUAGGCACACCUCCUAAUGUUCAGGUCACCGAGCUAAUUAUUCGGCCAGUUCAAGAAAGAAUUUAAUAUGGUUUACUUUUACCGGUCAACCUGCUUUCAUCUACACAUGGCUCUCAUGCAUUUAUUUAUGCAUUUGGCUCUCUUACUCUACCUAAUAUUUAUGACAUUGAUAUAGUUUGCUUAUAUACUGUACGGUACGCAUAUACAU